AAUUGGGCAGCGAAUUAAGUCUGUCUCAUGAGCGCCGAAGUAAUGUAUACACAAGUGGGAAUCGAAACCAGAUUGUCGACCGAGCUUAGCUUACAACAAAUCUAUGUAAUUUGUUUUCUUAGUAUUGAAUCGGUUUUUUUUUUGGCUUCGGAUUUCAUACAAUAAGGAACACUCGCAAAGUUUUCACCGGGAGGAUGCAUGCACUUUAUAACUGCUUCUGCUAUGAACUCUGCAAACGUUGUUUAAUUGAUCUCACGACUGCUAAUGUUAAAGUAACUCUGCCGAAAAUUGAAACCGAGCAACAAAAUGUGGACGACAGCUGUCAUGUUGAAUAAGUUGCAAGUCUACCAACAACAACACAGAGCAAAAAGCAAGAAAACUAUAAUCUGUUUGUUAUAUUAAAAACAUAGUAUGGAAUUCAUUUAAGGCGGUUUAGCUACUCCAUUAAGCUGGCCUUAAGUGAAGCAAUCCUAAAGAAGACGCUUCUCAAGUGUUUUGAACUAAAAUGGUUUUACUCCAUUACUGAGAGACCCAAAUUCUAAAUGUGGAAUGAAAAAGCCAAAAUGUUCCAGUGUAAGCUUUGUGGGGAUGAAUUUCCAAAGAAGACUAAAUUGAAAAACCACAUGCGGAUGCAUUCCGGAGAGUGUUAUGAAUGCGAGACCUGUGGGAAAUCAUUUCCAAUGAAGUAUUGUUUAAUAGUUCAUGAAAGAAUACACUCAGGGGAAAAACCUUUCUGUUGUGAACAAUGUGGAAAGGGCUUUGCUGCAAGCUCUCAUCUCGUUACACAUAUUAGAACACACACAGGUGAAAGACCCUUCAGUUGUAAACACUGUGGUAAAUGCUUUACAAGAGGUUCCCAUUUGUUAAUUCACACGCGAAUUCACACUGGGGAAAAACCGUUUAGUUGCGAUAUAUGCGGUAAGGGAUUUUCUGCCAAUUCACACUUAAGAAGACAUGUCCGGACUCACACAGGGGAAAAACCAUUUAAAUGUAGUACAUGUGGUAAAGCUUUUUCUCAAGGCUGCACAUUGUCGUUGCACAUGCGUAAACAUACUGGAGAGAAACCGUUCUCCUGCGACACUUGUGGUCAAAGCUAUCCUUCGAAUACCAUUCUGAGGAAACACAUGAGGAGACACGAUGUGAAGAAACAGUUUCAGUGUGAUGUGUGUGGCAAAUAUUUCAUAUUACAAUGUCUUUUGAAAAUACAUGUGCGGACCCACACGGGUGAAAAACCUUUCAAGUGUAAAGUGUGUCAGAAAGGGUUCAUUGGAAACUCUCAGUUACUUAGACAUAUGAAGUCACAUACGGGAGAUAAACCUCACGUAUGUGCAAUAUGUGACAAACACUUUUCAUAUUUUUGUCUAUUGAAAAAUCAUGUAAAGACACAUACUGGAUAAGAAAUAAGA